AUGGCUCAUAAACGACGCUCUACAAACACGCAAACUACUACGGUUGCUUCAGAGCACACACCAUUGGCCGGCGUAACCCGCAAGCAGGGAAAGUAUUUGUUUGACGAGAUCCCCCUGUGGCAACAGGACAACCAUUAUAUUAGAUCAGGCUAUGUGCUGGAAACCAACAGCUUCAAAGAUUGCUUUAAUUCCCUCUUCUAUUUACACAAUGAGACGGUCAAUAUCUUUACGCAUCUAAUCCCAGGAUUCCUCCUCCCAUUAGCGCUUUUGCUUGCGUCUCCGUGGUUGGUGGCACACAACAGGCUGAUCAAAUCAGUGCCCACAUGGCUUAUGGAUGUACCAGUUUACGAAACCACCUCGAAAGUAGACAACUUUAUGUUCAAUCUGUUCUAUUUUGGCUUUGCCUCAUGUCUUACACUCUCUGCUGCUUUCCAUGCUACCAAAUGUCAUUCGUACAAAAUCAUGAAAUGGGGUUCUUCCCUGGAUUAUGUGGGAAUUAUCAGUCUGAUUGUGACGUCCAUGGUUGGAAUUAUCCAUUACUCUCUUUAUGACGACCCAAUAGCACAUUGGUUCUGUAUUUUGUUCGUUGGGGCUCAGGGAACAAUCUGCUUGGUGCUCACUCUCAAUCCACGCUUUCGGGAACCAGAAUGGAGAACUUUCCGUGCUACCAUGUUUAUCAUUUUCGGUGUGUCCAGCGUGGUCCCAAUCGGAUAUGGCUUAUGGAGAUAUUUCACGUUCUUGUGGUACUGA